CUCGUCGUCACUUCUUUUGACAACUACAAGAUGCCUAUCGGCAUAAUUGCGGACAUUAUCGGCCUAAUUGGCCUCGGCCCUGCGGCAAUUGGGGGUUCCGUCAUUACAUAUUGUUCCAAGCAUCCGGGUCCUGGCUGUAUUGAUUCUCGAAGUGUCGGCAUGAAUUCGAGACAUUUCGACUCCAGUGUUGGAGCUUGCAAUGUUCCCAUGUACAACUUCGCUCAAUGCCAUGAUCAACUUGAAUCUCAGAGCACUGGCGUCAUUGGAACAGUUCUCUCAGCUGGCACGGUUCAAUUCGACAAUAUCCCCCCUGCUUGCAUGAAUCUAAAUGCUAUCUUGAUCGGUGCUUGUGGCGGCACCGGCCCUCGCCCAGAGCCGUGUGGAUCGGCCUGCAUGAAAUAUAUCGGUCUUUCUGAUGACCAGCUGCGACUGUUAUCCAAGUCCCUCAAUAUCUCGUGAAAUGCAUCUUCUGGUAUCCCAAGGCAUUGGAGAUUUGUUGCGCGCUGAGUGUAGAGCCGCGUUGAUGCGACUUUGGAUGGGGAUGUAUUAAACAUCAAUAAGUGUUAUUUUCAUUUUGGAAAGCCAAGGCUAUUGGCCGUAUUUGUUUUCUUGUCAUGGAGAUCCUAGCUUCAACACACGGAAUCCAUAGGCAUCAUUGAAUUGAAAGGUCGU